AUGGCCUCCAACAGCGAUUGUCCCUUUUUGAAUGAUUUCCCUUUUGAAAUCAGGACUCAGAUCUACAAAGAACUACUAGUCAAAAAGAUUUUGGGCACUGCAGAUUCUGUAUCCAGAAGUGCGAGCUAUGGAGCUGAUAUCAACUACGGCUUAUCACCACAAGUAUUGAGAGUCUGCCAUCAAAUUUACGUCGAGGCCUUGGAUGUUCUUUACAAAGAGAAUACCUUCUACAUCGCAUGUUUUCGGGUUGAUAAUCACCUUUCUAUGGAUAUGGAUUUGGGUGCAAGGAGUGAUGAUGAGAAUCCAAAUGCUGUACAGUCCGUCGAAGGACCUCUUGUAGAAUUGUGCCCUCUUACGAGAUAUCAGAACAACCAAAGCGAAAUGCCAUUUCUCAUUCCAAAUCUUGGUAACUGCUCUGCUGUGUCAAGAGUUCGCAAAUGGCGUGUGAUAGUUAGCAGACUCACAACUGCUGGUGGUAGUUGGGAUCCAAUUUGGAGUUUACGUGAAUUCUGCGAAGUGAUCUCUCAAGAUCCUCCAAUAUCUUUGGAACUAUUGAUUUUGCCUUGCGGCCUGGACUAUGGUCGGAACAAUAAUUAUUCUUUCGAUAGCUACGAACAGAUCUUGAAACCUUUGAGAAUCCUCCGCAAUAUCCAGACAUGUGCAAUCAAUCAAGCUUGUGCAGCCGACGUUCCGGAUAUCAUUCAACUCGCUGAUGAUGGGUUGGUCGAAAUUUUUACAGAGGGAGAUCGAGCUCUAGCAGACUGGGAACUUCCUACAGAUUUGAAGAUGAAGAUGGAAACACUUAUAACCGGUCAACAAUCCCUAGAUAUCUACCACAUGAUGCAUAGGAACCUCGUGGCUUACGCGCGAACCUUUGAGCGGCAUCGGCCUUACAAAAUGCAAAUGGGCUUAAGACGAGAGGAUAUCACACGGAUUGAUUCUAGAUGUCUCGAGUACGCCGAGUUCCUCGAUACGGGUUCUUUCAAUCCUUUUAUCGAGCCAACCCUUCACCCACUUGAAUUCGAACUUCGCAACUGUCAAGACGCCGUCAUGAACUCAGGCGAAGAUGAGUGGACAUUCAAAGAACAUCGCAAGCACGCCCUUACACACCUCGAGCGACAAUGGAACCAAAUCAUGAAUGCCAAUCAUAGACUAACGACAUUUAUAAAGAAAGAGAAAGUUCCCGGCGGCAUAUUCGACGCUGUUGAGAGAAAGAAUGAACAAUUGGGAUUCUCAAACAAUACAUGGGUAAUGCAAGAUCCAGAUAGGAAACAAAAGAUCUGUCUCGCUUUAGUAUAUCUCAAGCGCUACGCAAAAUCUUUCAAAAGACAUUUAACCUCUGCAAUAGAAGCCCAGAUCCACUCCCAACGUCAUCUCUACAACAGCCAUUACAAAAACCUACCACGCGAUCGUCUGAUCAAGCACUUAAUGACAGACCACCAAGUCGGCAAGAUCCGCAACUUCAUCACGAAGUUCAGCACGGCAGUCGAUAUGUGCGAUCAGCAGUAUCUCAAAAUCUUGACGGCUCGAAAGGCCCUCUUGGAUUACGACGGAUUGGGAAAGUACGAAUGCGGAGAUUUCAAUUUACAUAAGGGGUUAUCGGUGGAAAUGAUUGAUUGGAGUGUUAAUGAGCGGGAUUUGACGCCGCAGCAAUCGUUGGAUUCGGAUGAUUUUUAUGGUGAGGAUAGUGAUGAUGAUAGUGAUUGGUCUAAUUAUUUCUGA